GUCAUUAAACGACGCUCGUUUGCUGCAUGCUGCAGGUAAUAUGGGAAUUCUCCCAGACUUGAGCUAUCGGGGAGGCGCGGGCUCUGGCUUGCCAAUUCCUGUUCUUCUCCUUGCCGGAGUAUCGACCUUAGUAGCAGUGACUGUCAGUGGAUUGUCGAUAUGGCUGCAGCUAAGAAACUAUAGGAAGCCCCUCCUGCAAAGGAUGGUCAUCCGAAUCAUGCUCAUGGUCCCAAUUUACGCCGUGUCAUCCCUCAUUUCUCUAUUCUCGUUGGACGCAGCGUUCUUCAUUGAUGUGAUACGAGAUGUAUACGAGGCUUUCGUCAUUUAUUGUUUCUUCGUUCUUCUGCUUGAUUAUCUGGGCGGCGAGCGCUCGCUUCUCAUUCGACUACAUGGACGACCACCUAUCCCAGCUAUAUUUCCCGUCAGUCUUUGGCGACACGAGGUAGAUGUCAGCGAUCCAUACACGUUUCUAUUCAUUAAACGAGGCAUUCUGCAAUAUGUACAAGUUAAACCUGUGUUGGCAAUUGCCAGCCUCAUCAUGAAAGCAACUGGAACAUAUCAUGAGGGUGAUUUCCGGGCACGGUCCGGGUAUUUGUAUGUUUCAAUCGUGUACAACGUGUCCAUUUGCCUUGCAUUAUAUUGCCUCGCAGUCUUCUGGAUGUGUGUAAGCGAUGAUUUAAAGCCAUUUCGUCCAGUACCAAAAUUCCUUUGUGUUAAAGGAAUUCUCUUCUUUUCAUUCUGGCAAUCCAUUGCUGUCUCAACUCUUGUUGCGACCGGCGUCAUAUCCAAACUUGGACCAUACACAGACAGCGAACACAUCUCCCUCGGCCUCACCGAUACUUUAAUUUGUGUCGAGAUGCCAUUCUUCGCUAUCGCGCACAUGUAUGCAUUUUCCUAUAGAGACUUUGUCAAAUCAUCAUCAUCUGCCAAAGUCCACGUGGCACGGUUGCGCAUGGGGUAUGCCAUUCGGGACGCAUUUGGCCUGAAGGACCUUGCCGAAGACACCAAGGCAACUUUGCGCGGAGAAGGUAUCAAUUAUCGUGCGUUCGAGCCAAGCGAGGGCGGAAUGCACGUUGGAGCAGCGAGGGAGCGAAGGAUACGAGCUGGCUUGCGUUAUUCUGCGGGUGGAAAGCGGAAGUAUUGGCUCCCGGAGGUGACGGGCCUAGGCGAUGGAAAUGCUGAAGGUGAUCACACGGGCUGGUUUGGUCGAGUCACCAACAACGACGGAGAUGUCUCCGCUCCACUUCUCGCGGAACACGCAGAGAACGUCGUUCACUCUGCACCUGACAUGCAAUAUCGGGAACAACGACAUACUGCACGAAUGCCCGGCGAUGACGUGGAUGUGGAGGACGACGAUGAAUAUGCACUGCACUUCAAUGAUGGCCUGGCCACCGCGGAUGAUUCACUAUAUGAGCAUGCGAAGAAUUACGUCUUCGGCGACUACGCGUACCCUGUUGUGGAUGUCAGCUCUGAAGAAGCGCGUUAUGCGAUGUGGGCUGCGGAAGAGAGAAUUGUUAGAGAAGGAGUGCAUGUCAAUGUCAACAGGAAUUCCAUUGGUGCAAGCGGUAGCAGAAGCUACGGUGCCACGGACACUCGGGCCGGUCAAAUACGAAAGUACGAGGACGGCAAGGACGAAGUGUUUGCUUCGGAAGAACGUGUAGUUGCCUUUGAGGGAAGCGGCCGGAGGGCCGAAGUAAAUGCAUCGAGGAAGUUGAGGUGGCCGAACGUCAAAAGUAACGGAGCUCCGUCACCAUCGAUCGCUGGCUCGUCAAGUUCAUCUGCGAGUGGAUUGGGUUCAGGGAGCCAUCUACGCUCCUCAGGGUCAUCAUCCCGACACGACUCACAGACAUCUCAUGCAUCGCGCCCGAGACUGCUCUCUGGAAGCAAUGUCAACGUCCGCGCAUCGUCCCCAUACCUUCAUUCUUCACCCUCACACUCGCGAUCGAACCUUGGCACUCCAUCACCUCGCUUACUACCUUCUGGAUUACAUGCACACUCAUCCCGAUCUCCUCAUCCUCCACUCGCAGAGCCAGACGCCGUUGAUCUUAUUGUGUCUACCGACACGCUCCCAGUGCCCUCGAGUUCGCAUUCUGUUCAUACUUCUCCACGUGUCACAGGCUUAAAACGUGUCUGGGAUCAGGAAGAAAACAUCCGUGUUGAAUCCUCAGCGGGAUUAGAAGAAAACGACAGGUGGUCCAAUGAUCGUCGCAUGGUCCCUAGCGAUCCUGAAGUUGACGAGGAACAGGAUAUACGGAACGAGGAGCCUAAUGUUCCGGACGUACACGAGCCAGAGGAACUAGUUCGCGCUGAGACGCCUCCCCCAUAUGCCCGGGCUUGGACCUAUGGAACCAAGAGUCCCGGAGAAGACGAACAGAAUCCAUGGAUGUGAUUAUCAUGAUCAGUUGUAUGUUCAAUGCACCCGAAUGCUCGACAUGACCCGCCGAGAUACCCCAUCAUAACUUAUCCACGUUGUAUAACAUUCACGUAGCUGUUGAUUAUUAAAGGGUUUCCUCCAUUGCCGAU